AUGGCAUCACUUCCUGCUCAAUACACUGUCACCCAAAGAGUGUGUGCAUUGAACAAUUUUGGUGUUACGAGCCUCAAUAUUGGCGAGGUGUCAAGUGCAUAUGGCUACUUUGCCGAGGCUCUUGAAACUGUAGAGGAACUCAUUUUGCUCUUACAGCAACAGGCUGAUAUCAACGAGGACCUAGAGUGUUCCAAGGUAGGCUACUGCUUCUCUUACUCGCCUUCUGAGAGCAGGUCACUUGAGGGAUACGCGAAAAAGCAGGAUGCCGUAUACAUCUGCGACCGGCCAUUGACUGUCUCCCUUGUUGGACCGUGUUCUUCUGAGCAUUCUCAACAGAUCAGCUUUCUCUGUUCCCUUCUACUAUUCAAUAUGGCGCUUCUACAUCACUCGCUUGGCCUAUAUGAUGAAAGCUCAACGUCUUUAGAGAAGGCAGAAAUAUUCUAUGAAACAUGCGUUCUCGUAGGAAAAACUGACAACAAAGGUACUGUACACGAUGAUCAAUCCGUGCUGAUAGUUGGCAGCGCCAUAAACAACAUGGCACAAUUGGCCUUAGAACAUGGAAACAUCAAGGUGGUACGACACUAUCUCAAACAGCUUGGAAUCAUUUGCCGCCGUCAAUCUUUCGCCAAUGGCAGCGUCUUGUAUCAGAAUGAAUGGAGAAACAUAUUCUCCAAUGUUCUUUUGAGAGACGGACUGAAUGUUGCACGAGCCGCAUGA